AUGCGAGAUCUGUCACAAUUGUUACAAAGCAGUCCCUCAAAAUCUGAACUCAUCCAGAUGCUAGAACCGGCCGUCCGCGAGGUGCACUUGAACGCGGGGAAUGGUUUAGGGGGAAUACCCUCUUGGAUCCACGAGUUACUAUCCCUGUGUUCACGAGCCAUUGAGCAACACGGUGAGACUGUCCAGUUAAUUGUGGCCACGCCGCGGCGGCGGGUACUUUUGCUGCCCUUCUGCGGCCGGUCGGGCGAUGAGCAGCAAGUUCACUGGAACCUCCGGCGAGUGGCGGUUCUGCUGGCGCUGCUCCGCGUGGUGCAGCAGCGGGUUGCGCAGGGCGAAACGAGUACGACAAGGGACGUGUACUACUCGAACGUCGAGUUGUUCAGGAACCAAGAGACCGUCACGGGUACGCUCAAAGUGCUGCAGACGGCUUUCCAGUUGAAGUCGCUGGCCGACUUGAACGUGGUUCCAGCGCAGAAGGGCCUUGUGUUCAGUACGUGUCCGAUCACGCUCCGAUGGGCGCGUAGGACCCCUGUAUCGCUGUGCUUGAACCCGAUGGAGUCGCAUUUGAUCCCGUACCUCGAUGAAAGGACGACACUCACACUCCCACAGGAUGGGACAGGUGUCACCGUUGUGAUCUUGGAGAAGGAAGCAGUCUAUAACAAACUUGUUCGGUGUACGAGGGUGGGGGACCCUCGGCUACACCGGAUUCUCGUCACGGGGAAGGGAUACCCAGAUAACCUCACAAGACGGUUUAUUUCGUUGGUCCCUGAGACGGUUCAGGUCCAUGUGUUCGUCGAUGCGGAUCCGUAUGGGAUCAACAUUGCGUUGAAGUACAUGGACGCAUGCCCUCAGGUGAAAGUCCAGUACGCUGGCGCGACUUUGACCAAGUUGUUACACAGGGAGGGCACUACUUUGCUCGCGCUGAACGAGCGGGACACGGUGCUAGUGCGCACGACGCUGCAGCGCAUUGCUAAUUCUCCUGCAGACACUGCACAAACGCACCAACUAAAGUGCCAAUUGCAAAGACAACUGUUUUACGGCAAGAAGGCAGAGAUGAACGCGUUGUACAGCACGACAGACCAUCGCCAGAAACCCACAGGACCGUCGCCGUCACCGUCACUGACAACAGCAGCAUCUUCUCUGAAGUGA